CAGGUGCGACAGUGGAGGUACAUACUACCUGUCACGUGACAUUGUGACGACGGCCAUAUCAACUGUAAAUCUGAAACCAGGAAACGUCAGAAAUGGACUGGAAGAGAAGACCACCGGUACCCACUGCAAUAUUUCUGGUUCUCAUGGUGGCACUGCAUGUGGAAGCAAUGCGGAGAGAAGACGGAGAGAAGAUCACUAUCGAUGUGGGUGGCUACGGGUCGGUGACUGGGUACAGCUACCCGUCUCAGUACGAAGCCAAACCGUAUUUGUGGAUCAACACUUUUCUGGGUAUCCCUUAUGCCAAGCGAUUGAGUCAGUUCGGAUCUCAGUGGAGGGAGAAAUACCGCUUCAUGUCCUGGUAUGGAGAAUGGGAUGCAACAUAUUUUCGGCCAUCAUGUCCACAGAUGCCCUGGCUGCUGCGUGAAACCAUUCCUGAUUUCAACAACAUGGAUGAAGACUGCUUAUAUCUCAAUGUGUAUGCACCCAGGAUCAAGACAGAGACAACCCAGACUACAAAGUACCCAGUGCUAGUAUUUUUUCAUGGUGGUGGCUUUAUUAUGGGGUCUGCACAGCAAUUUCCUGGUCAUUUUAUUGCAGAGCGUCUCGUGGUAGUAGUGACAGUCAACUAUCGUCUAAAUGCCCUUGGAUUCCUGAGCACAGGUGAUAGGUACUCAUCAGGUAACUAUGGCAUGUUUGAUCAUCCAGCACUGCAGUUUAUCAAGGAGAAUAUAGAAUCUUUCCGUGGCAACUCAAAGAGCAUCACUAUAAUGGGCCACAGCUCAGGUGCUGCCAGUGUUGGCCUUCACAUGAUUUCGCCUCGUAGUGAAAAUCUUUUUAAUCAGGCCAUUAUGAUGAGUGGCAGUGACCUCAGUGAGUGGGCAGUCAUUUCACAAGCAGACUCUGUAGAAUAUUCCAAACGACUGGCUUUGGAGGUUGGAUGUCCAUCUGGUGACUCUCAAAGAUUAGUGGAUUGUUUGCGAUACUCACGAAGUUUCAGUGAAAUUGUGAAUGCUUCUGCUAGAGUUGUAAUGCUGCCAGGAAGGGUUGGUAAUCCCUGGGGCCCAGUGGUGGAUGGGCAGUUAGUGGGCGUGGACAAAGCUUUCUUGACUGAUAAUCCUCUAAAUAUGCGUCGUCAGGGGAGAUCAAAGAGGGUGAAACUAAUGGCAGGAUUGUCCAUGGAUGAUGGAUCCUAUUUUAUUCCUAAUCUGCCAAAUCUGAUAGAUGGCAUCACAACAGCAGAGUUUGACAACAUCUUGCGCGAGUUCCUGGAAUAUCGAAAUGUUGAGGAUUUUAACAAUGUCUUAAGUGCCCUCCAGUUUCAGUACACAUACUGGCCAAUUCCAAAGAAUAUCACUUAUGUGAGGCAAGAAACGAUUGAGAUGAUGUCAGAUUAUAUUUUUGGCUCACCCAUGAAUGAGAUGCUAGAAUACCAAGUGCAGAUGGAAACAGUUUAUUUCUAUGUCUUCAAGUAUCGCUCCUGGAAUGCCUACUCACCCCCCUGGAGAGGUGUGAGUCAUGGAGAAGAGCUCCAGUAUGUGUUUGGCUUUCCUUUUAUCAACGAGACCUAUAUGAACUUAACGGGCAUUUACCCUCGUCAGGAGUAUGAUUACCCCGAUCGAAACAUAUCAGAGUACAUGAUCAGCAUGUUAACCAACUUCACAGCCCGAGGCAAUCCAACUCCUCGUGACUUCCCUAUCAUCAAUUAUCGAAAUGCAACGUGGCUAGAAUACAACCUUGUCAAUCACAGUUUCCUCUCCAUUACCAACAAAUCUGAGAAUGCAAUCAACUACCGUCAGGUUGAGUUUGGAUUCUGGAGGGAAUAUUUCCCUGUCAUUUCAGGCAGAGGAAACUAUUUAGAUCAAGUAGAAACAAGCCAGCAGCCACUGACAGCAAGCGUGUAUGAGAUACUGACAUAUGCACUGGCAGCUGUUUCUGCUCUUCUUUUGGCAGUUGUUGUUAUUGUGUGUUGUGUGCUAACGAGAAGGUCUAAACCAAGAAAAUAUUGACUAGAACUAUUUUCUCAUUCACAUCUUAGAGAUGAAAGAAACUUGAAUUCUACUAGUUCAUGCUGAAAUCAUGUUGGUUCUUAAAAUGGCAUCAUCAAAAUACAUAGCGGAAAAUUCGACUAUAAGGUGGAAAAACUGAAAGUUGUGGAGAUAAAUACUUGAAAUGAUGCUUGGAUUUUAAGUUCUCUGCCAGUUCAUCUCAAAUAGCUUUUUGGAUGGUUAGUCUAUAAAUUAAAAUGCAAUAUUUUUAUACGUGGAUGGAUACAUUACACAAGAACUAUCCAAAAAGAGAUUAAGAAGAAGAGCAUCUAAGAUAUACAGCUUCAGAAAUCCUGAAGGGACUUGAUGUCAGCACAAGACGAAGAUGAUUCAUGACAUUGUGCUUGUGGCUUCAUCUAAGCAGAGCUCAGGAAGUGUAGAUAUCUUUUGUUUAAAUUCAUAUACAUAUCAACCAAAAGCGAGCAGAUGAGUGUGUCUUCAGUGUCUGUGGAGUAGUGUGUUGCAAUAAUGUUGUGGUUCAGUGCUAAUGGUGAGUUCUUCCGUUUACUUUAGAAAUGUUGAGCAUGUGAAGAUAUGGAGAGAGAGAUCUUCUAGGUUAUGCUGGACUUAAAUUAUAGAUUUGCUCAAAGACUUACCUGUGCAAGAGAGCGUGAGAAAGAGAGAAAGUGUGUGUAGGCAUGUACAUGGAUGCAUGAUUCUUAUGAAUUCCAAAUUUGGAAACACAUUUUUGUAACAUCUCAACUGAAUAAUGUUAACAGGCCAUUAUUUUUUAAAUUCUUUUUUUUUUUCGGUUCCAUAUCAUACUGUACAUAAAAACAAAUGAGUAUGUAAUGUGUCAAAAUGAAAACAGUGAAAAAAUGCCUGAGUGAGGAUGCACAUGUGUGCACAUGUAUGCCUGCUGUCCUUGUUUCAUUAAAAGACAUUAUCUGUUUCAAAUAACAAAUACGUUUUGAAAAUACAUUGUUUUUAUGCUUGUUUUCAGAGUUAAUCACCCUGGAAAAUCUUAUUGUGCGUAAUAUUCACUUUCACCCAAAUAAUCUUUCUCUAUAAUUAGAAUUUCACUUACUCAGUUAAUUGUUUUCUUUUGCAGCGAGAGAGGCAAGAUUGUUAACAUUUUAUAUGUGUAGAAUGGUGUACUUUUUUGCUUCUGAGAUCCGUGUAUUUCUAUGACAUUGCAUAUAGUAUUUUGUACUUAUUUAUUUUUACUUAUGUAUAUAUUUACAUUAGCAUUUCUCAGUGAGAGAUUCAAAGUAUUUUAGCAUAUAAAGUAUUUCAUUGGAUAAUGAUCUGGCCUUAUAGCACACCUCGUGUGUUACAUGUGAAGUAAAAUCUGGCUGGUACUGUUGCCUUAAUCACUCAUGACUUCCUUAGCCACUAGAGAAGUGCAUAUGCCUAUUGUGUAUUUAAACACUCAGUCCUAGCCAGUGCUCUAGCCAGUUUUAAUAAAUCAUAAAAGACUAAGCUAAUUCUUUAAGGAAUUUUUUUUUAUUUUCUUUGCUUGAGUGAGGUUUGAACACUGUCCUAACCACCAAUUGCAGUUAGUUUAACAUUUGAAAUUGUAAUCAGCUACAACCACUGUGAUUAGUCAUAGACAUAAAGUUUUCAGGCAUGAAUUUUCUGACAUUUUUUUGUUUUUGUAUAUUUAAUAAUAUGUUUUGCAAAGUGA